GUCAUGUGAAGUCAUAUUAGAAAAAGGAAACGUCAAAAAUUUUUCGACCUCGGACCUCGCUAGAUUUUUCUUUCUGUGAUAUAAAUUGGUAGAUUAAUAUUUUUUACGUGAGUUCGCUAUGUGGCCUUAAAACAAAAGAACUUGUGUUAAGUUCCUUUUUAUAAUGUGUAUAGUGUGUAGCGUAGCGCCAGUGGAGUUGUAUUUUUUUGUAUGGUUAAUGCAUUAGUGUCAUUGAGAGAUCACGAUGCGUAUCGGUUUUGUGUUUUAUUGGUGCGUAUUUGCUCUGCAUGCAUGUAGAGCAGAUGAUGUGGAGAGGACAGAGUCUAGAGAUGGUGGUCGAAGACAGCAGUGGGGCCCCAUGAGGAGUAAUUCACAUUCAGGAGAUACUGUAAUCACAACAUCCAACGAACAGAUGGUGAGGUCGCCAGUCCACGGCCACAACAAAAUUCUGCUGGAGGCGUGCCAAAACGACGCUGCGUGCCUGCAGGACCGCGCGGGGUUGGAGGCGAUUGCCGCGCUCCAUGGCCAACUGGAUGACGACGCUAAUGGCAACGUCGAUCUUAGCGAGAGCGAUGAUUUCCUCCGUGAAGAGUUGCAGUAUGACAGCGGCUAUGAGAAGAGACAGCGUGCGUUCCACCACAACGAUGAUAUGCACAUCUCGGUCAAAGAGCUGUGGGAGGCUUGGCUGCGGUCUGAGGUGCACAACUGGACUGUCGAACAGACGGUGGAAUGGCUGUCCCAAUCGGUGGACCUUCCUCAGUACAAGACCCUGUUCAUUCAGCAUAAAGUCACCGGUGCCACUCUUCCUAGAUUGGCGGUGAACAACAUGCAGUACCUGAGUAACGUGCUUGGCAUCAAGGACCCCAUUCACAAGCAGAAGUUGGCCCUCAAAGCGAUGGACGUGGUGCUGUUUGGACCCCCUAAAGAAGGCAGCCGAUGGAAGGACUGGCUCCUCGCGUCCCUACUCCUCGGCGCGGUGGUGGGGGGAUGGGCGGCGUUGCGUGCCGGCAGAGCUAGCAGGACUCAGGUGCAGAGGAUGCUGCGGGACAUGGAACAGCUGAGGAAGGCCGAGAUGGCCUUGGAUGAUAUGCAGAAGGAGUUGGAGAAGGCUAGGUUGGAACAGGAAAGUGCGACUACAGAGAAGAAGAAUUUGGAGAAGAAACUAAGGGAAGCUGGCGAUACGCCACUUCUAAACUCUGCCUCAUCAGAUUUAGAGGUGACACAGCUCAAGGCUGAAAUAGAGAUGUUACGCGCAGAACUGAGACGCGCAGAAGGCGAGCUUGAAGACAGAUGUUGGGCCCCGCCCCCAGGUCUUCAGCAGUGGUUGCAAUUAACCCAUGAAGUUGAAAAUCGCGCAUAUUUGAGGAAGAAACAACAAGCUGACUUGCAACUACAGCAAGCUAGAGAAGCUUGCGAGAAACUACGCAAGAAGCGGUCAAGUUUGGUUGGCGCCUUCGUUUCUACGCACGGGAAGUCCAUAGAUGAUGUCGACCGUUCUAUAGUUGAAGCUCGCACUUCGCUCAACGAAGUCACGCAGGAAUUACAAGAGCGUAUGCACCGAUGGAAGCAAAUCGAGCGGCUGUGCGGCUUCAACAUCAUCAACAACAACGGCUUGCAGUUCCUCGAGAGUACACUCUAUAGGAACCUCAAUGGGCGCCCCGGUGGCAGCAGGGCUCGCAUUAGCAGCUCCCAAGACGAUCUGAGCGUGGGCGAUGACGCGUCCAUAUGCGGGUCAGUGGCGGACAAUUUCGGGUGGCGAGAAGAUUCGUCCGGCAGCGAGGAACCGGACGCCCCGCACUACCCGUUAGAUCUGCGGCUUGCGGAAGCCAGAAUGCAGCUAGAGGAACGCCUGGCGCAAGAGGCACGGGAGCGAAGUCUCCGGCCUGAUGACAAGAAGCUGUCUUCGGAGGAAAUGAGGCUGAACCGCCUCAAUGAAGUCCGGAAGAGUCCCGUCGAUGACAGACGGAGAGAUCAAGUGUCUUUUGUUUUGGGAGGCGACAACGUAAACUGGACGGGCGAGGAUCUCUCCCGCGCGGAGUUGCUAACUCGCGCCGUCCACUCGCAGUCGCAGCCGCAACUCCGCGCCUCGCUGCGGAGCGCGCCCGGGGCUCCGCUGCCGCCCCCGAGGCGACCUUUAUCUUCGGGGACUAUUGUGCGGUCGAGGAGUACCGAUGUCGUGGCGUUAGCUGAUGAUCCAAGACCGCCACCUAGGCAUCCCUUCGUUAAGCAGAGGACGUUGGCCGAAGGUGCAAUUUAUGGCGACGUCCCAACGCCGUCGAGCAAUACGCCACCCGAAGAGGAAUCGACUGAUUCCUCCCUAAUGGAGGACGAAGGCGUACCCAAGUCGAGAAAACGCCGCAUACACUUGCCCUUUGGCAAAAAAGCCAAAACUCCAGCGUGACAAUGCGUGAGACAGCUUAGCUGCCCCGCGUCGGCGGCAUUUUAGCUGCCACAGUGAAUAAGAGUGUUUGCAAUAAUCAUACAGCAUCAGCAACGAAAACGAUUUUCUAUGUUUAAAUAUCAUUAUGUGCAAGCCAACUUAAUGCCUUUUAAAGGUUUAAAGUGAUGACUACAAUGCGGUUAAACGUAGGUAUCUCGCACGCUUGCAAUGUUAGUUAAGCGGUGAUUUCAUAUCGAUAUAAACCAUUCAUCAUUACAUAAAAUCCUGUUGGAUGGCGAUGUUGCGCGAACUAAACUAUUUAGCCAUGACUUUGUAUUUGUGUUUGAUUUAAUAGUCCGUAAAUUCUAGUUUUUAAAACACAUGUGAGCAAUUUAUGUUUGACCUCAAUUGUGCAAAGUCAUGAGCAAUAUAUUUUUUUGGCGUUGAUGCCUGGUUGUCAUAACUGUUUGUUAUUCUAUUAGAGAAUUAUUUAGAUUUUGUCAGUUUGAAUAUUUUAUUUUGCUAUCUUCAGAAGACUCAUGAUCUUAAAUAAUACAACAGUUCGCAAAAAUAGAAAGAUCCGCAUUUUUCCGAACAGGUACCAUUUUGAUAGUUGAAUAUUUUAGAUAAUUUUAAUCUUUUUUUUUGUUAGUUUGAUUUUUUUUUAUUUUAUUUAUUUAUCAAAAUUUGCGAUGUAUUUCAAUAAUUUCCUUUUUUUACAACGAUAAGUAUUUCUAAUUUUUUUUUUAAUCUCAACAACUUCAUCCCCAUGUUUUUUUAUAAUUAUAAUAAUAACGAAACUUUAGAUCAAUUGUAUCGUUAAUGCCUUGAUGCGUAGAUAUAAGUGAUAUGUAGGAUUGUUAUUAACAUAUUUGUGAAAAGUUAAAUUCCUCUAAACUAAAUGGGAUUUGACUAUAUAAAGUAUUGACCAUGGUUUGACCAAAUUGCAAUGCAUAUGCGUUGUCUCGUUCUUUAUUAAAUCAGAAAAUGCAAAUAGACGAACAAUAAUUCAUGUUGUAGUAUUGAUUACCUACUUGUGAACAUCUUUUUUUAUAACUGUUUGAAUAAAUUCGUGUUUAAAAGCUGGUUUAUCAUGAAAUCAAUUUUACGUCAUGUUGCAAACUUCUGAGAAUUUAAUUUGUGACAUUUCGAUAUUUUUUUAUAAAAACGAUAAAAUUAAAAUAGCAAAUUAAAUUUUGAGAAAUGUUUUAUAUGUUGUAACUAUGAAUAAAGUCUCGCAGUAUAUAUUUGAAUAAUUAUAUUUUCAAAAUAAUAUUUGACCAGCGGCUUCUGUCGAAUUGAAAACAAAAAAUAACAGCUAUCAAUAGUAGGUAGAAUAUCAUCCUAGGUAAUUAGUAAUUACAAUAUUAAGAUGAAACUUCAUUUCUAAAUAUACCUGCCUGUUUUCACCGAUAUUACUGGAGCAAAUUAUUUUCAUAAAAUCUUAUAUCUGUCUCUUCUAUACCCGUUACGAUCACAGCUCUUUUAAAAAGAAAAAAAAUCUAAAUUUUUUCAAAAUGAAGCUUCGGUGAAAACAACACAUAGAAAUGAUAAAAUUUGCUGAACUGGACCACAAUUACCUUUAUAUUGAUUUGUGGAAGUAUGCUCUCAAUAACAUUAUCAUUGUAUGUCAUUCCCUGUUUGUUUGUGUAGCAAUACCCUUAGCUGUAUGAUUAAUUUAAGGCGAUUUGGUGCUAAUAGACAGACUGAAACCGUGCAUGGCUCAAAUUUUGUAUAAAUUUUUGAAUGGCUGUAUUUGAAGAUUUAGGAAAUUAAUACGCUGCCAUUAUAUCAGUUAUAUUAUUAUUAUUUUCAUUUUUAGUUAUCCGUUAAAAUGUAACAUUGCAAUUCAUCAAUUAACGAUUGCAUAAUUUUUUUGAACUAGUAUGACUAUAGUACUUAAAUGACUUGUUUUAGAGUACAAAUUAAGGAGUUUGAUAAAUAAAAGUAACUACUGUACUAGAUUAACCGCUUCUUGAAUGUAUCCGUUCGCACCUGUUUGGCACAGAAUGUGUGAAGCAACAAUUAACACGUGGUUUACUUGCGUUCUUUUUACAUUUCUGUUAAAUCUACAAAAUUAAAAGUCCGUUCUAUAAGUCAAUUCUAAUUUGUAUUGUAUGUAGGUACAAAUUGAAAAGUCAACUGAAAGCGAAUGAAGUUCCUCAUUGAUUACAAUUUCAUUAUUUACUCACACGCUAUAUACGUAAUAAUGUACAAAAAAUAUCGAAAUAGCAGACAUAUAUCUAGCUAGAUACCGCCAGUUCAAUGAAACUAUCCAAUCUGAAUGAAAAAGGUGUCUAAAGAUGUUAAUGUAUUUUAAGUGUACGGGAGGUAACCUCUUAUUCCAACCAUAAAGAUUUUAGUGAUACAGCACAACACAGACAUCACAUCAGAUAUAAAGCUUUAGAAAAGUUGUGCAUUGACCGCCAUUUUGGCACGCGAUGACACUCGCGGGGACUAGCUAGAUCUGUGAUUUGAAGAAAUAUAAAAAAAGCGGUGCAAGGCCUGUAAAUUAAAUAAUUUAACACGAUUCUUAUUACUACAGGUUCACACGGCUCAGGAGAUAACUGGCCCACGUCCCAUACAUCAAUUCAAGGCGAGGUGGCACAAUUAUCUCCUGAGCAAACUGUACUUACCAUGAGGUCUAAUUUGUGAUGAUGUAACUCCGUGUAUUUUCUUUCAUCUUCCAAAUGGAUUUUUGAUCUUCCAUGCGGAUUAAAUUAUCUCAAAGUAGAUUUACAUUUAGAAGUUUAUCCCGAUGUAAAUGUUUUAGAAACCCCAGAUCUGACUUUGUGUAACAAAAGACAUAACGUGAUACCUAAAUAUACCUAUUGUUACAUUUUUGAAAGUUAAUAAAGUGAUCUUUCGA